AUGGCAGUAAGCCUGAAUAUCAGUAAGAGUCAGAACCUGGAGGCAAGACCGAGGAACAGAAGCAUAAAGGCCAGUGUACUCCAGUAUAUUCCUGCCACCUCCCAUUCACUUGAUCGGAAUGAGUGGAUAAGCUGCAGCCCCAUGCUACAGAGAAGAGUCUACCAUUCCAGGGCAGCCAUCCAGAGGAAGCUUUAUGUUCUUGGAGGCAAUGAUCUGGAUUACAACAAUGACCGGAUUCUUGUGAGUCACACAGAUUCUUAUAACAUGGACACUGAUCAGUGGACCCAUUGCAAUUUUAACCUGUUGACUGGCCAGAAUGAAUCUGGAGUUGCUGUCCACAAUGGGAGAGUAUAUUUAGUCGGUGGAUAUUCAAUUUGGACAAAUGAGCCUCUGGCUUUUAUCCAGGUUCUAGAUGUAAGCAGAGAAGGCAAAGAAGAAGUAUUCUAUGGGCCUACACUACCUUUUGCUUCCAAUGGAAUAGCAGCAUGCUUCCUUCCAGCCCCAUAUUUCACAUGCCCCAACCUUCAAACUCUUCAAGUGCCUCAUCACAGAAUUGGUACCAUCUGAAAAGCCAAUGCUCUGUUAGUAACCAUCACCAAUGGAGGAAAAAAUAACUGUGACUUCCAGAUAGUGGACUUGAAACUCCUCAGUGCUCAAUGCUC